UCUCUCUCUGCUGCCUGCCCUUCGUCGUGCAAGCUCUGGCCAGAGCUGCCCACAGUCCCCAUGGUGGGCGCCCCCCGCAGCGGGGACCCGUGAACAGCAGCGGCAUGCCAGGGAAGCCCAAGCACCUGGGCGUCCCCAACGGACGCAUGGUUCUGGCUGUCUCAGAUGGAGAGCUGAGCAGCACGGCGGGACCCCAGGGCCAGGGCGAGGGCCGAGGCAGCUCCCUCAGCAUCCACAGCCUUCCCAGUGGCCCCAGCAGCCCCUUCCCCACCGAGGAGCAGCCUGUGGCCAGCUGGGGCCUGUCCUUCGAGCGGCUGCUGCAGGACCCGCUGGGCCUGGCUUACUUCACUGAGUUCCUGAAGAAGGAGUUCAGUGCUGAGAACGUGACUUUCUGGAAGGCCUGCGAGCGCUUCCAGCAGAUCCCGGCCAGCGACACCCAGCAGUUAGCUCAGGAGGCCCGGAACAUCUACCAGGAGUUCCUGUCCAGCCAGGCACUGAGCCCUGUGAACAUCGACAGGCAGGCCUGGCUUGGCGAGGAGGUGCUGGCGGAGCCCCGACCGGACAUGUUCCGGGCACAGCAGCUUCAGAUCUUCAACUUGAUGAAGUUCGACAGCUAUGCACGCUUCGUCAAAUCCCCGCUGUACCGCGAGUGCCUCCUUGCGGAGGCCGAGGGUCGCCCCCUGCGGGAACCUAGCUCCUCGCGCCUUGGCAGCCCUGACGCCACGAGAAAGAAGCCGAAGCUGAAGCCCGGAAAGUCGCUGCCGCUGGGCGUGGAGGAGUUGGGGCAGCUGCCCCCUGCUGAGGGCCCUGGGGGCCGCCCGCUCCGCAUGUCCUUCCGCAGGGAACUAGGGGGCGGUGCGUCAAACUCAGCCUUGCGCCGAGAGUCCCAGGGGUCCCUCAACUCCUCCGCCAGUCUGGACCUCGGCUUUCUUGCCUUUGUCAGCAGCAAAUCUGAGAGCCAUCGGAAGAGCCUUGGGAGCUCAGAAGGUGACAGUGAAAGCCGACCAGGGAAGUAUUGCUGCGUGUACCUGCCUGAUGGCACAGCCUCCUUGGCCCUGGCCCGACCUGGCCUCACCAUCCGUGACAUGCUGGCAGGCAUCUGUGAGAAACGAGGCCUCUCUCUACCUGACAUCAAGGUCUACCUGGUGGGCAACGAGCAGAAGGCCCUGGUCCUGGAUCAGGACUGCACCGUGCUGGCGGACCAGGAAGUGCGGCUGGAGAACAGAAUCACUUUCGAGCUCGAGUUGACGGCGCUGGAGCGCGUGGUGCGGAUCUCCGCCAAGCCCACCAAGCGGCUGCAGGAGGCGCUGCAGCCCAUCCUGGCGAAGCACGGCCUGAGCCCGCAACAGGUGGCGCUGCGUCGGCCAGGCGAGAAGCAGCCGCUAGAUCUGAGGAAGCUAGUGAGUUCGGUGGCGGCCGAGAGAUUGGUUUUGGACACUCUCCCAGGUGUGAAGAUCCCUGAAGCUGGCGACAUAUCCCCCUGCUGCAGCCAGGGUGGCCAGCCUACAAUCCAGGACAAGGCCGCCCACCUCCCUCCACUGUCCCUGAACUCACUGGCCCAGGCACCCAGUAGUAUCACUGGGAAGCGGCAGACCUGUGACAUUGAAGGCCUGGUGGAGCUGCUGAACCGGGUGCAGAGCAGUGGAGCCCAUGACCAGAGGGGCCUUCUGCGCAAAGAGGACCUGGUGCUUCCAGAAUUUCUGCAGCUGCCUGCCCAGGGACCCAACUCCCAGGAGGCCCCACCACAGACUGAAUCAGCGGCCCAGCCCAAGGGGAGCCCCUCAGACUCCACUGCGCACUCGGUCCUCUGACAGCUGCCCAACCGUCCAGGCCGGCUGCAUGGCACCUGGCGGGCCAAGCAUGCCAUGGGCCCGCUCUGCAUGCCCUGUCUGUGCCAUGAGUGUCCCUGGCCCCUUCCUGCCACGGGCAGGCCCGCAGGAAGAGCUGGGAGGGGAUGGAGAGGGGACUCAGAGGAGUGACACUCCACAGCUGCCACCACUUGGUCCCUUACAGGCUUGCUCGUCCAUCCCUUGCUGCCAGGCCACCAGGGGGAAGUGGGCCUAGCCCCCAGUGCAGGUGUGCCCAACACAGAGGGGCGGCGUUGGCAGUGCCAGCCUCCCCACCAUGUGCCAGGCCUCAGCAGGGAGUAGGAAGAAGGGCCGGCUCUUCCUCGGGGAGCUGGUAUGAGUAAGGCCUGGGGGUGCAGGCAGGCAGGCAGCCCCUCCCGCUACCCACAGAGACGCUACUGGACUUUUGGAUUUUGCAGUUGGCUUGGGGCAGCUGGGU